CGGACACUUCUUCGUCUCGCAUGCGGCAUAUGGGAUUGUAUGUACAGUAUCUAUACUCUAGGGGCCACAUGUGACGGUAGGGUUGGCGACGGCUCCCGAAUCCCGAUAAGCGCGUGGAGGCUUUUCGCUGGACAUGGAUUUCUGCAGGAGGCUCGUCUUCGGACGCCAACGAGACGAAGCUGGUUGCUUUCACCACAUAUAUAUACGUAUAUAUCAGCAACUCGUACUGUCCUGCCCGGCCUUACGUCGUGCACUCAGCGUUGUUCAGCAAGAAACACAGUCCUCGCGCGCUUAGAUCAUUCUGCGUUUCCCUCCCGACACAAUGACAACAGCAACGGAAGAACUCCCUGCGUGCUGCCGUCAAGGCUACGUGCACGAUGGCGUCGCAAAAGGAACGGUGGAGAACCUGCACGGCCUCAAAACCUACGUCGCCAAACCGGCCAAUUUCCCCACGUCUGCCGCCGAAUCCCCACGCAAAUGCAUAGUAUUCCUCACCGACGUCUUCGGCCUGGAUUUUAUCAACAACCGGCUCUACGCAGACAACCUGGCUAACAGCAGUGGCCUAACGGUCUACCUACCCGACCUUUUCAAUGGAACAGCGAUGGCGCCUGAGCCCGUAAUGAAAGUGGCCGAGGACAGGGAGAAGGUGAAGGGCAUCGUCGAUCGCCUCCGCCUAGGUCUCACUGUGGUCAAAGCACUACCUACCGGCGCACAGUUCCUGGUACAAAACAACGACAAGACCAUGAUGGCUCGCCUAUCACAGUUCCUGAACGGGUUAAUCGAUAUCGACCGUUACAAGCGCGAGCAUAUUGGCGCAAUCGGACAUUGUUGGGGCGGCCGAUACGCGACGCUCCUUGCCCACGAAGCUAAAGUAGCUUGUUUCGCUGUCGCCCAUACAUCUCGGACGGCGGUGCCAGGGGACAUUGAGCCUAUCAAGAUUCCAGCGCUCUUCCUGUGUGCCGAGGAGGAUGUCUGGUUCUCAACCGCGACCAGGUUACGCGCGGAGGAGUGCUUGAAAAAAAGGCGCGAGGAGGCUACCCAGGCGGCGGAGGACAAGGUUGCGCCUGUAACUACCGACUACGAGUUUGUCGUGUACCGUGGCACCACGCAUGGUUUCGCUUGUCGCGGGGAUGUGAGCGACCCGCUUGUCAAGGCGGCUGUUGAUGGUGCUCUCACCAAGGCAUCGUUGUUCUUCCAGCAGUAUCUCAUUUGAUGUGGAUUGACUGGAAUAGGCAAAUUUUGACACUUGACUCUAGACUGUAGAGUAGUUAAGAAGAUAUUCCUCUGUGCUACCACGGCAUAGGUGGUUGAACAUUUUGUCCAGAUGUAGCGGGAGAGUGGAGGCAUGUUAGCCUCAUCAAGCAUAUAUGCAGCUGGUCUAUAUAUAUUCGUGCAUCCCUACGAGAUUCGAUACGGAUCUUGUAACAGUAUACACUGCGCUUUUAAAGUUUCGAAAGUGCAAAAACGUCCUUGUCAUGGACAGCGGGGGAUGGUCGGUGGGUAAACAUGCUACUAACAGUAUAUACUCUGUGGGAAGAAAAAGGAUGGCGAGGAAAGGAAAGGGAAGGUGCGUACUGUACGCUACUGCAGUCUAUAUAGACAUAAAUAAACAGCGAG